CUAUCUAUCUAUCUAUCUAUCUAUCUAUCUAUCUAUCUAUCUAUCUAUCUAUCUAUCUAUCUAUCUGCUGAGCCAUAUGGAGCUACAGUAAUGCAGCAAUAAUAAAUAUUACUGGAAAUACUUUGCACUGAUCUAAAUCUAGUAUGUAUUGAUUUGUGAAAAACAAAAGAUUUGGAAAUAUGUUUCCUUUGACUAAAUUUGUUAGUAUUAUUUAUUUUUACUCACUUUACUUGUUUUACACUUUUUCUUUUUGAUUACAUAAUUUUGAAAAUAAAAAUCAGAUAGUUUUUUUUCACUCGUGCAUGAAUAAUAUUUUAGGUUGAAUUUAUGAUAUAGUUAAAAUCUGCAAUUUAAUUCUGGCUGUAAUUCCUACAAUGAGUCGGUAUUUAAAUAUGUUUGCUGUGAGUCACAGAGGACGAUGACUUCUUGUCAGAGUUUGUUUCUGUGUCUGUAUCCAUCUGCUCAUCUCUGCUCCCCUGUCUCCUCCUCUUCCUCCACCUCCUGUUCCUCACAUCAUCUUGUAAUGCAUAUACAAGGAUCACUAAGAUGAGUCAUCUCCAUCUUUCUCAUCAUCUGACAGGUCCAAGUAUGAAUUUCCCCUGGCUGUCUGCCACAGAACCCUUUCUGUCUCCGUUCUACAACAACGUCGUGUCACCGAGUACAACCAAGCUGCCUCAGAUUUUACUAUCACUGACACAAAAGGAUUCUGUUCCUAAAGUCCAGACUGCUCAUCUGGAGAUGUCUGCAUUUUCAUUCUGCUUCAGUCCCCCCAGCUCUUGUUUUUGUUCGCAUAUUUCCAUUAUUAUGCUGUCUAAUGUACUUUCGUGGUAAAGAACAGUUUCCCUGCCCAUCAUCUGUCAUUACCAGAAGGACUUCCUGUUCCAAAUUGAUAGAUUAGAACAAAAUGUCUACCGGACUGUUCAGGAGUUUGAGGGUUUAUUCAAAUAAAUGCUAUUUUUCUGCAGCGUAUUAUUAAAGACAAACAUGUUGAGACUUUUAUAUCAACUCUAAAUUAUCCUCAUUGACAUUUCAGUUCUACAAAAACUUUAAAUAAAGUUUUACAAUUUCAGAGUAAAAUCCAAUACGAAGGCUGGUACAGAACACUUCAAACUAUAUUCAAUAUUAAGCCAGACAUUAGAAAUAUUGGGAAUUGAUGACAGAGCCGGCCCAAAGCAUAAGCUCAGAGCCCCCAGAGCAUCAUGGGCCUCCCAGGAUAGCUUGAAUUUUAUCACAGAACUUAGAUCUAAAAUUAAAAUAUUUACUUCAUGACAAUUAGAAUACUGUUAAAGUUUCAGCAUAAAUAAAAAAAUAUAUAUAGCAUAGAAAAAGAUUUCACAUUUUUUAAAACUGAAAUUUAAGAUUCAAAGGACUUGGUAAGUUUCCUUUGUAGAAGUACAAAGAAUAAUUUUAAGUGAUUGAUUGUUGUGUUACCAUAGCAACAAUCUGACGCUGCGAGUUUUCUCAGAUAUUAAUUGGUUAUCCAUGCAUCAGCAUCAAAAACCUUUUAAUGGUAGAGAUCUUCUAAACAAAACAUAGAAAACUUUUUUGGGACGUUCCUGACUGAUUUCUCUCGGAGAUCCCAGGUCAUGCCGCCCUGGGUGGUGAGCCACAUCACUUGUAUUAAACUCUGUUCAUAUUUUGUAAAUAAUUUGUAUUUUUCCUUCUGGAAACUGAAGUAUGAAAAUAUCACCAGCUUAAAGUAAAACAAUUUGAGAUUACAUGUUGUAAAUUGGCACAUAGAAUCUCAUGGGGAUGCAUUUACAGUUGUAACCUGAAAAUAUUUAUGUUUUCAUGGCACUUGGCUUUAAUAAACUUUUACCAAACUGUGUUUAAGGUAGACAUUUAAGCUAAAAAACUACAAGUGGGAUUCAGAGAUACUGCAGACUUUCUGAGCUUUUCUUAUAAGAGCAGAAUUACCUGUAAUUGAAGCCGCUCCAUUCUGUGAUCAUCUGUUCCUUUCUGUGAAUGAAUAUUACUAUAAGGCGGAAGAAGGAUGCUACUUGUAAAGUGGAUAUAAUGCGUUCCUAGAUAUGUGCUAGACAAGCCAUGAGGCCAUUAUUGUCUUGGUGAGACGCUCUGAAUGAUAAUUAAAUAUGCCACUUCUGCUUCACUGAUUCAUUUCCUUCACAGUUUCUGAGCUCAGAUGAAUACAUUUUUCAGCGCAGAAUGGUUUUAUUGUAUCCAGUUUGGCCUCAUUACGAGGCCACAAGGGCUUGUUGUGGGGGGAGGGCAGAGGCCGAGUGGAGGGAGGGUGGUGGGGGGGCGCACCCCAUGAAGACAUUGUGCUUAACAUCACUAAAUACUUCAGACGCCACAUUGUUCUCCAUCAGUUAGGUUAUUUUUAAGCAGCCAGGAAUCUUUCUGAGAUCCUAAUGAGAGGCGCAGCCAUCCUGCAGGGUCAUAAAGACUCAUUGGUUAACAAGGCGUCUCUUCACUGUCUCUCUGAGAAUCCUUGAUCUUCUUGGGUUUUUCUCUGCUGCUGAUCGCUGUGUCUGUGCUGGACGGCAUCCAGGCGGCGAGCCUCCUCACCCCUCGCCCUGCCCUGCUGCCGGGCCUCGUGGAUCUCCGGUCAGAGGAACGCCUCCUCGGUGGCUGUGACAGGGGGAAUUAGGCGAGAGAUGCGGGCCCACUUGCCCUGCCUGCGUAGGGGCUUAUCUCGGUCUAAGCUGAGGGACUAAUAGCAAAGCCUGCCUUCGCUCCAGCCGCUCUGAGGGCACAGGGAGCCAUCUGUCCACUCUGUGGAUCACUGAAAAACAAAGGGACCAAACACCGAACUCGGACUUCAAACUAAAAGGCCAUUCAUCCCAAAGAUACCAGAACCAAAGAAGACGAGUAGGAAUUUCUCCCACUCCAAGGUCAGUUUGGUCAAGAGCCGGCCUUGAUGGCUGCAGGUUGCUCAGAUGGCUGUUAAUGGUAAGGCUGAAGCUUAGCCAGAGAGAAACUUGAAGGUAUUGCUUCUGCACAUCUAAUGGGCGCCAGACAAAGCGAGGCUUUGUUUUAACGUGCUACCCCUGACUCCUAUUAGGCUGAGAUAUUUUCAGCUUCGGCUUGUUUUUCACUCCUCUCCUGGGUUUUUCUCUUAAACUCUUCACUUCAAACAGCCCAGGAUUGUUUGAAUUUAGACCUAAAGCCAAACUUCUGAUGUAUCUCCGUUGUUAUAACCUUCAUGCUGAGUUCUGUAUCACCUCAUGAUAUGUGGAGGCUCACAAAAUGCUAUAAAUAGUUACCACUCCAGAUAGUCAUGCUGUAAUCUCUCUCAUGCAUUGUUUGAACAUUUUUAAUGUGAUGAUUGUCACAUUUCAUUAAAUAUAAAGUGUGCUUUUGUUGAUCUGAAGACCCCUUUAAAAUAAAGUGGAAUACAAUAUGUAAUAAAGCGUAACUCAUCGCAAUUGUAUCACAUUGUUCAAAAUUAGACAUUCCUUGCUUUACCCUUAGAUUUUGAAUUCAUAGUCUAACAAAAUCCCUCCAGUAAUCCACUUAGACAUUGUUCCCCAUUUCCCUCCAGGAUUAAGGCCCUAUGUGUGUGUGUGUGUGUGUGUGAGUGUGUGUUUUAAUUGUCUGAGGCAUACUUCUGUCUGUCAGCAUUCACAGAGCAGAGUUUCCUCACAGGUGAUCUCUUUUUUAUCGUGUAAACUCUUCGGUUGCUGUUGUGCAUCGGGGUUUUGUUCAGAAGUCUUGACUUGCUGGGGAUGACAGAAAUAGGUCAAAAGGGUCUUAGCAUUAACUAAACAAAUCUUGGGCCUGCAGGAUUAGAGCGAGACGCCGCUGUUUGUUUGAUGUAGUCAUUGUACCAAUACACAGAGACGGGAACACUGUGGAUGUUUGCUGAAAGAUGUCCGUCUCUCUUUUAUUUUUUUGUGUGUGUGUUUGAUCAGAUGGUUGAGAUUCGUGCAGCUUCAUCGGUUGGGAUUGUUUCAUUUCCUGAUCCCGUUAAUUUACUGCGUUAUUUGGGUCAGUUGAUCCUGACACAUUUCAUGAUGAUUAUCGCUAACUGGAUUGUGCCGUUGGUGGUCUGACUGACUCAGUUUUCGGUUAUGUGUUAAAUAGUGAGGUUUCUCUAAGGUAGGAUUUAUGGAGGAGUUUGAAUUAGAAGCUGUAAAUUACACAACCAAGAAAAAGUAAACAGCAUCUAUUGAAAUACAUACAGUGGAAACCCAAAGUUUACAUACAACAAAUUAAAAGAGACAGAGAUUUUUUUGUUUCCGUCUGUAAACCAGACCAAACUUCUCUUGUUUUAGGUGAGUUAGAAUCACCAAAUUUAUUUCUGUUUGCUAAAAGUGUUAAUGAUGAGAGAAUAAAUAUAUCAGAUUUAUUGAUUUAUAUCUUGGAAAUCAGAAAUUUGCAUACAUUUCCUCUGUAUUUGGCCUUUGAAUUGCAUGACUUGGGUCAAACGUUUUGGUUUUCCUUUGUCAACCUUUGCUUUUGCUCAUCCUUUCCUUUGCUGCAGUUCUGGUUCCAGAUCUGGUGAAAGUGUGCAGGCUGCCUCAAUCACACACACUUUUUAAAUGUUCCCACAACUUCUCCAUAUCAUUAAGAUCAGAGUUUUAUGAUGGCCACACCAAACGCUGACUUUGUUGUCCUUAAGCCACUUUGUAUCCACUUUAGCUUCUGAGGGUCAUUGUCCAUUUUCCAGACUAGUUUGUGCCAAAGCUUUUACUUCUUUGCAGGUUUCUUUAGAUGUUGCUUCAAUAUUUCCAUAAAAUGCUGUUUUCUCGUAAUGCCACCUAUUUUAUGAUGUGUAUGAGCAAAACUGCCCCGCAACAUUAUGCUGCCACUGCCAUACUUCACAGUUAGGAUUAUGAUCCAAGCUCCCGUUUUUUCCUCCAAAUGUAAUGAUGGUCAUUAUGACCAAACAGUUGCACAUCAGUUUCAUCGGACCAAACAAAACACGACUCCAGACAUAAAGAUCCUUGGUUGGAUUUCUAGUUGAAUCCUCUCAGACCAUUUUUCUUCAACAUCCCAACACAUAAAACAUAGAGCGCACCUUCCAUUUUCAUGGAAUGUAAGCAAAAAUGGAGUGGUGACAUAUUUGAUCAUUUGUAGGAUUUCUCUUUCGUCUUUGAUAAAACACCAUGAGUCAUUUCUCCCACUAGUCCUAGACUAGCAUGUUUGUUUUGGUUGCAUUUACCCAGAAUGCCCUGUUCUAUAGUCCACUUCCUACUUUUGGACCGGGCUCCGGUCCACCUGGCGUUCACAUAAGCAUUCAAACUGCAUCAGAGUUCAUUUCAACCGAGCCGAGACUGAGUUUUGUGGACAGACAGAGUUAGCUUCUUUAGUUUGCAUCAGAGUUUGAUUGGCAUUCACAUCUUCCCAAAUGAACCAGACUUUCCAGACACAGCAACUAGAAUUCAAUGAAAGUAGACUAAACAGUGCUGACUAUCUGACUUGACAAUAGCUUGCAGAUGUUUUGUUGUAUAUACAUUAAUUCCCUGCAGAAGAACGAUUCAGUGGAAGAUUUAAAAGCCAUGUAUUAAUAUAUGCUUUAUGUCCAGGAUGGCAGAGCAACAUCAAAACAUGCUUUAACCGGAUUACCAGCAGUGAAAUCCCGCCCAUUACUCCAGUUCUGCUGCAUAUGUAAACCACACAUCCCUGAUUUUGUCUGAGUAUUCACCACAAAGAUCUGAAGUCACUGAGGAUGUCCGACAAGGAAGAGAUGACCUUGGACGGCGGCCUGAACGUCACGCUAACGCUGAGGCUGCUGAUGCAUGGAAAGGAAGUGGGCAGCAUCAUUGGAAAGAAAGGAGAAACAGUGAAGAAGAUGAGGGAAGAGAGCGGCGCUCGCAUCAACAUAUCAGAGGGUUCGUCUCCUGAGAGGAUAGUGACCAUCACUGGACCCACAGAGGGAAUCUUCAGGGCUUUCUCCAUGAUCGCACAGAAGUUUGAAGAGGAUAUCACCGCAGCCAUGACAAACAGCAACGUGACAAGCAAGCCACCUGUGACACUUCGUCUGGUUUUCCCAGGGAGCCAGUGUGGCUCGCUCAUCGGCAAAGGAGGCUCCAAGAUCAAAGAGAUCAGGGAGACCACAGGCGCUCAGGUUCAGGUGGCAGGAGACAUGCUGCCGGACUCCACAGAGAGGGCCGUCACAAUCUCCGGCACUCCACAGGCCAUCACUCAGUGUGUGAGGCACAUCUGCUCCGUCAUGCUGGAGUCUCCACCGAAAGGAGCAACUAUUCCUUACCGUCCCAAGGUCCUUCCAGCCGGAGCUCACGCUGUGUUGGCCCCGCAGCACUCUGCACAAGCGUUUGCAAUUCCAGGACAGUAUGCAUUUGCACAUCAAGAUUUGACCAAGCUUCACCAGUUGGCUAUGCAGCAUAUCCCCCUCCCUUCCCUUGGGCAGAGCAACCCUACCUUUCCUGGAUUGGAUGUUUCUGCACCCACGAGUACACAGGAGCUGGCAAUUCCUAAUGAUUUUAUUGGCUGCAUAAUUGGAAGACAAGGCAGCAAGAUCAAUGAGAUUCGCCAGGUCUCUGGAGCGCACAUCAAAAUUGCCAGCGCCACUGAUGGCUCAGCCAUGCGCCAAGUCACGAUCAGCGGCUCGCCGGCCAGCAUCGGCGUGGCCCAGUACCUCAUCAACGCCAGCUUAGAGAUGGCUAAAUACACCAUGCAGGUCGCGUCCUCUGCGACCCCCAUUGACCUCAACAUGAGCUUCUCUCAAACGGUCCCCACCGCCUCCAGCGCCGCCACCUCCAUGGCCGUCCUGGCCGCCUCCACCCCGACCCCCUCUGCCAUUAACCCCUCCACCCUGCCGGCCAUCCAGAGCCCCCACUAUGCCCUGCCCGUUUCCAGCCUGCUGGGGAUGAAGACGCUCCCCGUCCUGACCGUCCAUCCGGCAGCAGCUUCCAGCCUAACUCAGGGUUUGACCCCGUAUACUGCAAAAAUGUCGACAUCUGGUGCAAAAAAAUCCGACCGGCAAAAGUUUUCUCCUUAUUGAUGCCGCCUCGUUAAAUCUACAGGGCCAGUCAGAAGUUUACAUACACUUUCUUUUUUUUUUUAAGAGUUGGGUUAUGCUUACAGAUAUGUACACAAACCACAGCUGAUGUUUGGUUAAAUCCACCAACAACCUUCUGGGUUCAUUCAAUUGGCACAGAAACAUUUAAACUAAUGCAGUCAAUUGAUUAAAACAAAAUGUAAUCAGAUUAAUCACUUAUGCUUAACUUUGCAAACUUGAAAGAUAAAUAUGCAGGAAUGUUGCCCAUCCUUCUGCCGCACCACAACCACUUAAAAUGCAAACAAUUAUCAGAUUUCUUUUGUUUUUGCAACAGAAAACAGGUAAUGUGGUCGUCCACUACUCAGCAGCAACUAGAGAAAAUUUACUCCACAACACGCAAACAAGUAGGAGCAACUUGUUCCUGGGACAAAGUCCAAUUUCUCUUGUUCUACUGUGUGUAAUGUCAUUGCAUUACUGAGUGAACUUUGUAAUGAGUCUCCUUUUCAAAUAAAUUAUUUAAAUCUACAGCAGCGUCGUCGGGCCACUAUAGAUAGAAAAAAUGAGUGAAAAACAUUUUAGAAACUUUACGAUGUCAAAUUUUUUGGAGGGAAAAUUUACUCUUUUUUUUUUAAAGUUGAACAUUUGCAAUAAAAAUUUUCUACAAAAAACUAAAAU